GCGCCAGGAAUCCGUGACCCAGGGUCAUAAGGUUGUCUGGGCCACUGUUUAGUCGUGCGUGGCCAAAAAAUGUCUUCCGUGGACGAACCUACUGGAUAUAAUUCUGGAACGGAGCCGUGAUUCCAAGAUAGACGAAUCGUUCUCCAAACUACAAGCCACAUGAUUAGACGCAAGGCCAUGGCUCGCGCACGAGGGAAAGAAAAGGCUCUUUACCUCGAUGACACAGAUCAAAAACAACACCCAUGGUAUGCGGCCAGGCACACGGCGCAGCUUCCCGUGGCCUUCAGGCUCGGUAUCGGCUGGGCGAUUCAUGUCCGAGACUUUGAUGCUGCUGCUACCACUCAUCAUUGUAGGAUAGUGACAAGACUGGGGGCUUGGUGGGUUUUCGCAAAAAUGGCAGAAAUGAGCCUGAAAGUGAGAGAGACAACCGAUAGAUCCAAGCAGGAGGUGCCAACCCUAGCUUUUAAGGAUAUGCGACUCACUCACUCCGCAGCCAUGGCCCAAUGCCCAGCAUGAAGACGCUACGGACUUUUGAGCAGAGUGAUAAUCGACCUGGCGCAAGUAUGAAGCGACAAGGAUGAAUCAUCGGCAAUCCC